UACGUCUCUUGUCUGUGCAGUGUCUCCAGUGUUUAUUCUCCCGGGGACUUGGUCUGGGCCAAGAUGGAAGGCUAUCCCUGGUGGCCGUGCCUCAUCUACAACCACCCCACAGAAGGAACCAUCGUCAGAGGGAAGGGGAGCUCUGCUCGGAUCCACGUGCAGUUCUUUGAUGUCAGUCCCACGAGGGGCUGGGUCAGCAUCAAGUACCUGAGGCCAUACAAAGGCUCAUCAGACAGAGAGGUGCUGAAGGGAGGUAUGUUUUAUAGUACGAAGCCUGAAAUUAAAAAAGCAAUGGAGCUGGCAGAUGAUGCCAUGAAUAAAGAUAAACCUAAGAGACUUGAGCUGGCAGUGUGCAGCGAACCUUCAGAUGCUGAGGAGGCAGAGGAGGAGGAAAUGGAGAUGAGUGGAAGUGCAUCAGGUGACAGUGAUGACAGCAAUAGUGAGGAGGAUGUGAAGGGCAAGAAGCGAGUACCAAGCAGAGGAAGUGCCAUAAAAGCCAAAAGAAGAAGAGUGCUGGAUUCGGACAGCGAUCGUGAUGGUUCUGAUGUAGAGUUCAAGCCUGAUGUGAAAGAAGCAGCAAGCAGCGAGGAAGCUAGUAGUGGGGUGGAUGAAAAUGAAGCUACUGAUGCAGAGACAGAUGCAGAGAGCGUUGAAGAAAGUCCCAUAAAAGUCCCUUCUAAACGGAAGAGAGGAAACGUUAGCAAGCCUUCUAAAAGAAGUAGCUUGGAAAAUGAACAUUCUGAAGCACCCAAAAGAGCCGCACCAGUUUCGUUAGAAGCCAAGUCUAAGCUGACAUUGUUUGCAGCACCUGACAAUUUUGAGUCUCAGGCAAAUGCUUGCAGUGGAGGCACUGGUGGCUUGGCAGCAUGGGAACAUGAGAAGCUUGAGUGGCUGCAGGAAGGGAAAAAGAAAGAUGCACACAGGAGACGACAGAAUGACCCUGACUAUGACCCAUGUACUUUGUACGUACCUGAGGACUAUCUUAACAAAUGUACACCUGGAAUGCGGAGGUGGUGGCAGCUGAAAAGUCAGAACUUUGAUGCGGUGAUUUGCUACAAAGUUGGAAAAUUCUAUGAGUUGUAUCACAUGGAUGCAGUCAUUGGUGUGAAUGAGCUGGGCCUGAUAUUUAUGAAAGGUUCAUGGGCUCAUUCCGGUUUUCCAGAAACUGCAUUUGGCAGAUUCUCUGCUAUUCUGGUUCAGAAGGGCUACAAGAUAGCCCGUGUUGAGCAAACAGAAACUCCUGAAAUGAUGGAAGCGCGCUGCAAGGCAACGGCCCACCCAACCAGGUUUGACAAGGUUGUACGUCGGGAAAUCUGCAGAAUCCUUACCAAGGGCACUCAGACUUACAGCAUUAUAGAUUGUGAUCCGUCAGAGAACCAUAACAAAUACCUUCUGUGUGUUAAGGAAAAAGAAGACUCCUCUGGACAACGUGUUUAUGGGGUCUGUUUUGUUGACACAUCAGUUGGGAAGUUUUAUGUUGGCCAGUUCUCAGAUGACCGGCACUGCUCGAGGUUUAGGACUUUAGUGGCACAUUACACUCCUGUGCAGGUCCUGUUUGAGAAGGGGAACCUGACUGUGGACACUCAGAAGAUACUGAAAGGCUCACUCAUUUCUUGCAUUCAGGAGGGGCUGAUCUCUGGCUCCCAGUUCUGGAGUGCAUCUAAAACACUAAAAGUUCUUCUUGAAGAAGAGUAUUUCAAGGAGAAUCAAAACCCUGAGAAUGGAUGUGUUCUGCCCUCUGUAAUCAAAUCUCUGACUUCAGAGAGUGACUCGCUGGGGUUAACUCCUGGCGAAAACAGCGAGUUAGCUUUGUCAGCUCUUGGGGGAAUUGUCUUCUAUCUCAAAAAGUGUCUGAUUGAUCAGGAGCUGCUAUCGCUGGCAAACUUUGAGAAGUAUGUCCCUGUGGAUGCUGAUAAUGCAAAAACUGCAAGUGCCAGUAAUUUCUUUGCCAGAACUGACCGGCGCAUGGUGCUGGACGGAGUCACUCUGAUGAAUCUGGAAGUCCUGCAGAAUGGAACCAACGGAACCACAGAAGGUACUUUGUUGGAGAGGAUUGAUUCCUGUUGUACGCCGUUUGGGAAGCGGCUCCUGAAACAGUGGCUUUGUGCUCCGCUUUGUAAUCCUACAUCCAUUAAUGAUCGUUUAGAUGCUGUUGAGGACCUUCUGGCGGUGCCGGCUAAACUGACUGAAAUUAGUGAGCAUCUGAAGAAACUUCCUGACCUUGAAAGGCUGCUCAGCAAAAUUCACAGCAUUGGAUCACCGCUUAAAAGUCAGAACCAUCCUGACAGCAGGGCCAUCUUUUAUGAAGAAAUUAAAUACAGCAAAAAAAAAAUUGCCGACUUUUUGUCUGCGCUGGAGGGGUUUAAAGUAAUGAACGAAAUUGUCGAUGCCAUGGAAGAAGUUGCCAGUGACUUCAAAUCUCAAGUCCUUAAGCAGUUGGUCACCCGCAAAGCCAAACAUCCAGAUGGACGCUUCCCAGACUUGAGCGCAGAGCUUAAAAGGUGGGAUACUGCUUUUGAUCAUAACCAGGCUCGCAAGACAGGAGUGAUUACUCCAAAGGCAGGUUUUGACUCCGAUUACGAUAAAGCACUACAGGAUAUUAAAACUGUUGAGGAAGAUUUCCGAGCAUACCUCGAUAAGCAACGCAAACUGCUCGGAGUCAAAUCCGUGCUGUACUGGGGGACGGGCAAAAAUCGGUAUCAAAUGGAAAUACCAGAAACCGCCAUAUCGCGUAAUUUACCUGAAGAAUACGAGCUGAAGUCAACCAGGAAAGGAUACAAACGUUACUGGACCAAGGAGAUUGAGAAGAUGCUGGCUGAGUUGAUUAAUGCUGAGGAGCGAAGAGAUGCGGCUCUGAAAGACUGCAUGAGGCGUUUGUUUUACAACUUUGACAAAAACAGCCAAGACUGGCAGACAGCCGUACAGUGCAUCGCUGUGCUGGAUGUCUUGAUGUCCCUUGCUAACUACAGUCAAGAUGGUGAUGGACCACUGUGCCGACCUGUAAUUCUACUGCCUGUGGAUAGUGCUCCUCCCGUCCUGGAACUGAAAAAUGCACGCCAUCCUUGCAUUACAAAAACUUUCUUUGGGGAUGAUUUUAUUCCUAAUGACAUCGUGAUAGGCAGUAAGGAUGAAGAUGGUGGUAGUGAAGCUUCCUGUGUACUAGUCACUGGCCCAAACAUGGGUGGCAAAUCAACACUCAUGAGACAGGCUGGUCUCCUGGUUAUAAUGGCUCAGCUGGGAUGCUACGUGCCUGCUGAGGUCUGCAGGCUCACACCCAUCGACCGAGUAUUUACACGGCUCGGUGCCUCCGACAGAAUCAUGUCAGGUGAAAGUACCUUCUUUGUUGAAUUAAGCGAGACUUCCAGCAUCCUGCAGCAUGCAACAGAGCAUUCCCUCGUUCUUGUGGAUGAACUCGGCCGAGGCACGGCUACGUUUGAUGGAACAGCGAUAGCAAGUGCAGUUGUUAGAGAACUUGCCGAGAACAUCAAGUGUCGCACGCUGUUCUCCACGCAUUACCACUCCUUGGUAGAGGACUACUCGGGCAGCGCGGCCGUGCGGCUCGGACACAUGGCUUGUAUGGUGGAAAAUGAGAGCGAAGAUCCAAGCCAAGAAACAAUUACAUUUCUGUAUAAAUUCAUUGAAGGAGCGUGUCCAAAAAGCUAUGGCUUCAAUGCAGCAAGACUUGCUGACAUCCCAGAGGAAGUUAUUCAGAAAGGGCACAGAAAAGCAAGAGAGUUUGAAGAAAAGACAAUGUCACUGCGAAUAUUCAGGUUUCUGUGCCGGGUGGUGGAUGGUGCAACACGUGAUGCGAACGCGGUAGGGAAGCUUAGCACUAUGCUCAGUCACCUUUAACUUGAGGAGUUUCUGUACUAGCGGUUUGUCAAAAAGGUGGUAGCAGACAACGUUAUGAUCUAAUAAACUUUAUUUUUUAAAAAUGA